GCUUGGUUAUUAUGUUAGCAGGCGCCAUUGCCGGUCAUGGACGUUCUCGCCGACAGGCUGUGAAUUGUACACCUAAAGAAAUCAAGCAGAUGACCAGCCUGGGUAUUAAUGUAGAAAAGAGUACAAUUGAUUGCAGCGCUGCCAGAACUGUGCCAGUUGCAGACAAACACAAAAGUUCGCGACACAAAGGGAAUCAUGAUAAUGCAAAGCAAAACGAUGGCCAUUGCAUUCCUACAAUGGUUAAUGGCAAAAUGGUGGACAUAAAUCCAUACGAAGGCCAAUAUUGUUGCAGUCCAAUAUGUGACAAAUAUAUUACGGGCGUAAAUUGUCCUUCGCCAGCAGUGGUCUCGUGCGAUUGAUUGUUGCUUCCUUGACUGAACGAUG